AUGUUAAUAAAGCGCCAGCUCUUUUCUAGUGUGCGAGAGAUUCUUGGGGAGGAGUUCGAGGAAACCAAGUCUGAAGCAGACUGUGCUUUGCUGUGUAUCCAGGUGAAGGCACUUGCCCUGCAAACUGGAAAUGGAAACCGGGCUUUGGAAGCGGAUGCUCCUGCCUCUUCCUUUUCCGUCCUGGUACGUGCCCCUCUGCAGAACCGCAUGCAUGAGUCCCUAAUGCUCUUCGAUUCCAUCUGUAACAACAAAUUCUUCAUCGAUACCUCCAUCAUUCUCUUCCUCAACAAGAAAGACCUUUUUGGUGAGAAGAUCAAGAAAUCGCCUCUGACCAUCUGCUUCCCUGAAUACACAGGUCCCAACACGUAUGAGGAUGCUGCAGCUUAUAUCCAAGCACAAUUCGAAAGCAAAAACCGUUCGCCCAACAAAGAGAUUUACUGUCACAUGACUUGUGCGACGGACACAAACAACAUCCAGGUGGUAUUUGAUGCUGUCACCGACAUCAUAAUUGCCAACAAUCUCCGGGGCUGUGGCUUAUACUGACCCCCUCCCCCUUUCUCCCUCCCAUCUUGUAUAGCAAGCCAACAUAUUUGGAAACAAUCACAAGAGGAAAUAAAAUGA